AGAAGCCUUCCCCUCCUCUGCUUCCCUCCCCUGCUUCCCUCCCCAUAUCUCAUGGAUUUUCACCGGAAAACCACUUUUGGGUCUGUCCGAAACCACUAUUGCAGUCCGCCGAUGGAGACAGGGAGAUAGAAGGAAACGAAGAAAAAGGGGCAAUUGCAAUUGUUUCUUUUUUUUCUUGAUGUGUUUACGCCUUUGCGGAGUUGUGAAAUCCAAUGGCUGUGAGUUUUGUUCUGUUUUUUGUUUCGGUUUUGGUAUUGAGUGGGCGGGUGGUGUCGGAGCCUGUACAAGACAAGCAAGCGCUCCUUGAUUUCAUCCGUCCGUUGCCGCACGCGAAGAGGGUGCAAUGGAACGCCUCUGUAUCCGCCUGUGAUUGGGUGGGGGUCAUCUGUGACGCGAAUCGCUCCUUUGUCUUCUCCGUCCGCCUCCCAGGUGUCGGGCUAGUGGGUACGAUUCCUCCCAACACGCUGGGUCGACUCGGACAGCUCCGUGUGUUGAGUCUCCGUGCUAAUCGUCUCUUCGGUGAGAUCCCCUCCGAUUUCUCAAACUUGACUCUUCUCCGCAGUCUUUAUUUGCAGAGUAACAAAUUUUCUGGUGGGUUUCCGGAGAGUGUCACUCGUUUACUUCGAUUGAAUCGGCUUGAUCUCUCCUCCAACAAUUUUCUCGGUCCUAUCCCUUUUGCCGUCAACAAUUUAACUCAAUUGACUGGCCUUUUCUUGGAGAACAACAAUUUCUCUGGCAAUCUGCCGAGCAUCAGCCUCGUUAAUUUGCGCGAUUUCAAUGUUUCCAAUAACAAUAUCAACGGUUCGAUCCCAGACAGUCUGGCCAAAUUCCCUCCCUCGGCAUUCACUGGAAACCUAAAUCUCUGCGGCCGUCCACUCCGGUCUUGCAAUCCAUUUUCCCCUUCCCCAGCUCCAUCCCCUUCUCUAACCCCUCCACCGGCCACACGCGGAAAGAAGUCCCACAGGCUUUCAACCGGAGUCAUUAUAGCCAUUGCAGUGGGCUCUGCAAUUGUCGCUCUCCUAUUACUGCUAUUCCUCAUUCUGUGUCUGAGAAGGCGGCGGCGGCAGCCAUCGAAGCAGCAAAAACCACCAGUAGUGCCACGCGCGGUCGCAGCAGAGGAGGGCACCUCGUCUUCAAAGGACGACAUCACGGGUGGGUCUGCUGCAGAGGCGGAGAGGAACAGACUGGUGUUCUUCCAAGGAGGGGUAUACAGCUUCGAUUUAGAGGAUUUAUUGAGGGCUUCAGCAGAAGUACUCGGAAAGGGCAGUGUCGGUACCUCCUACAAGGCGGUGCUGGAGGAAGGAACCUCGGUGGUCGUAAAGCGAUUGAAAGAUGUAGUAGUGACCAAGAGAGAGUUCGAGAUGCAUAUGGAAAUUCUGGGUAAGAUUAAUCAUGAAAAUGUAGUUCCUCUGAGGGCAUAUUACUAUUCCAAAGAUGAGAAGCUCCUGGUUUACGAUUUCAUGCGCGACGGCAGCCUGUCUGCUCUCCUACACGGUAGCAGGGGCUCCGGGCGGACGCCGUUGGAUUGGGACAACCGGAUGAGAAUCGCACUCACCGUAGCCAGAGGCCUGGCGCACCUACACAUCGCCGGAAAAGUGGUCCACGGGAACAUCAAAUCCUCCAACGUCCUGUUAAAACCCGACCACGGCGCCUGCAUUUCCGACUUCGGGCUCAACCCGCUCUUCGGCAACACCACCCCACCCAACCGCGUCGCCGGCUACCGUGCUCCGGAAGUGUUGGAGACCCGGAAGGUGACAUUUAAAUCUGAUGUGUACAGCUUUGGGGUACUGUUACUAGAGCUGUUAACCGGGAAAGCGCCCAAUCAAGCGUCAUUAGGUGAAGAAGGGAUUGAUCUUCCACGGUGGGUCCAGUCGGUAGUCCGUGAGGAAUGGACGGCGGAGGUGUUCGACGUGGAGUUGAUGAGGUAUCACGACAUAGAAGAUGAGAUGGUACAGCUAUUGCAAAUCGCCAUGGCGUGUGUGUCCACCGUACCCGACCAAAGACCCGCCAUGCAAGAGGUGGUUAGCAUGAUUGAGGGGAUCAACAGAGGGGAGACUGACGAGGGACUACGGCAAUCGUCUGAUGAUCCAUCAAAAGGAUCCGACGGUCAUACUCCGCCCACUGAAUCAAGGACCCCAGUCACGCCUUAGGAAAAAAAAGAAAGGGAAGUUAUUUUACAAUCCAAACUACAUCGAUCAUGAAAUAUGAAAUAUGAAUUAUUAGAUAAAGAGGAGAACUCUUAAUAUGAAUGAGUUCAAUUCAUAUCUAAUAAUUAAUAUUAUAUAAUUUGAUAUAGUUUGGAUUACACGAAUUACUUUUUUUAAUAGAAAAAAAAAAAAAGAAAGACAAUGUGGUGAAAUUUUUUAUAAUUUUUUUUAUCUUUUGUUAUUUUUUAAAAAAUGUGGAAUUAUUUUGUUAUAGGUGGAAUGGGGGAGAAUUUGGAUUGUAUUAGGAGGUGGGAAUUGGAAUUUGAUCAUUUGAUGGAUUUAGUUGUGUUUUUAUGUCUAGCCAUAUCUUUCUUUCUACGAAUUGUCUUUUUAUUUUCGUUGUCUUCUACUAUUGUUACGUGUAAAUGUAUUGAAUUGGAGCCAAUCGAGAGAGUUGAAAAUUUCAUCUUCAAUUCCCACUUGUUUUGUUCUACAACCCACUUGUUUUGUUCUACAACCCACUUGUUUUGUUCUGCAAGUGGGAUGCCAAACUGCUAGCUGCAUUACAUUUGUCACGAGGGAGCAAGAAGGUCGUAUACCUGUUUGGGCAAAUUCUAGUUUUUGUAGUCCUUUUUGUGUCUAAAUUUCCCUCAACUGUUAAAAAGCUGAAAAAGAAAUGUUAUAGUAGUAC